CACAGUAUAAUUUUGAGCCCAAAAAACGGUCACGUAAUUUUUAUGUCCUUAAUCGAUGGUAUUCACAACUUUAAUCGCGAGAGUAAAACUCCGAAGUGGCAAUUUUCAAUAGAAAAUGAGUUAUAUUUUUUUUUAUAAACUUUCUAUGGUUUUCAAAAAAACCAUAGAAAUGGCUAUAUCUCAAUAAUUAGAUAGUAUUACAAAAAAAUAUAAGUGGCAUAAAAUAAAGUAAUAAAAUAUUGUAAAUUACUAAAAACAGCAGGUAUGAAUUUGUAACGCAUUACGAUGUUAUGGCUAAUUUUACCUAUUUUCAUUUUUUAUUUCUCCCGGUCACAUUAUUACGUAUUAGGAUUCGUUUCUAAUUGUAAAUCAUUCUUUACAAUUCCCUUCCAUGAUUUCACAAAACCAGGCAUCGAUACUUAGCAGAAUCUCAGAGAUAUUGAGAAUCAAAUUUUUUUGUCCUAGGGUUGCCACCUUUCAGAGUAACAUUUUUCUAAACAUUCUUUUCUUUGCAACAAAAUAAAGAUUAUAUAUUCUUCCAAGUUCAUAUAAAUUAUUAUGACUGGUAAAUCACUAAGGGACGUAAAAAUAAUAUCAUAAUAGUCAUCUUUAUAUGAAAAAAAAAUUAACCAGAUUAUUUUUAGCUGCAUCAAAUCCAAUUAAAAGUAAUAUGUGGUACUGGGAAGGGGUUCGCCCUCGAUAGGCACACGCUAAAAUCCUGUACCGAUACAUGUUACUUGGAGGAACGGGGGUGAGGCACCAUGGAGCCGCAAAAGACCCAUGGUGCCACUUUGCCUCAACAGGGCCUGACCCGACCUGUUGAGGGAUGUCUGUCCGGGCUCCGACCGGCUGACUUAGUGCAAGGAGGGCAUGAGGGCGCCAACCCUCAUGUUGGUUCACGAGUAGCAGUUGAUGAAGUUGUGGAUAGCGCCACAGCCGGUACUCUUCAUCCUCCGAGAGUAUCCGCAAGUACACAAGGAGAUGAAUUUAGCAGACUAGACGUAUUCAAUAUGUUAGUUGCACUAGCAAAAGAAAUAGGACCGAAAACUCGCCCUACAGACUUAUCGUUGGAGAAAAGAACAGCUGCAAUGUUAAAUGUGUGUAAGUUGAACUUAACUGAUUUAAAAGAUGAAAAAGGUUUCAAGGACUAUAUGGCAAGAUUCACCUCCAAAUGUGAGAGCUUAUACAAAAAAUGCAAAUAUAAUAUGCCCUUUUUUGUAAAGAGGUACAAAAUGUGGCUUAGCGAAUCGAUCAAAAAAGACAUUGGACAAUUUAUAGCUGCUGAUUCUAGGUCAGGUUCCUCAAAACAAGAUGUGAUGCUUUCUAAACCUGUUGAUCCAUACGAUAUGACUGAAUCUGGCCCUUCUGGUAAAUCCAUUGAUAUUAGUACACCUGCUGUGCCACCACUUAAAUUUUCAGAAAAUUCGUUUCCAAUUAUAGAAGCUCUACUUCCAAUUUCAGAACAACAAGUCGCAAUAUCAGAACUUCCUAUUCAAAUGAAUCAACCAGUUACAACUUUAGAGCCAUCUUUUCAAAUUUCGGAACCUCAGCUUUUGAUUUCAGAGGCCUUAGUUGCAAUUACAGAGCCUCCGCUGCCAAUUUUAGAGCCUUCACUUCUAAUUACAGAGCCUCCGCUACCAAUUUCAGAGCCUUCACUUCUAAUUUCAGAGCAAGCAGACCUACGAAUUCCAGAGCCACAAAUUAUAAAUCCAGAUCAUUCUUUUCAAACUUUGGAGCCUCAGCUUCCGAUUGCAGAGCCUACAGUAACAAUCUCACAGCCUUCGCUUCCGAUUUUGGAGACUCCAGUUUUGAUUGAACAGAAUCCACUGCAAAUUUCAGAGCCUCUGAUACCAAUAUUGGGCCCGUGUGCAGACAUAAGGCCUAGUAUUGAACCUAAUUUCGCACAAGCGUGCACUCCUGAAUCACAUCCCAUUGCUUCGACUUCUAGUUCAUCUUACGAACCACUGAGUGAAAGACAGAAACGAAGGGUAAGCAGAACGCUUCAAUAUUGUUUAGAUAGCGAACAAUAAUUAUGGAUAUUACAUGUGACAGCCCUAAAACCAUAAUUAUCAUAGAAAACUUUAGAUGCUAAUAUCUUCUAGAUCCUACAAGAUUUGGAUUUGAUUUUUUUAGUCGGUGUUCAUAUCAAUUACGAGAAUUGUUUAAUGUAGAAACUAAAUCCUAAUACUUGUUAAUGUAGACAAAAAAAAACGAAAACAAGAAAAUUUAUGAUAUUUCUCUUAUUCGACACAGUUUAAUGCUAUGAAUUGAUUCACUUUAUGCAUUUUAUAGUGACAAUACACACCAUUAACAAAACAAAAAUUAUUGUUGAACUUUUACAGAAUUAAGUGUAAUUUUCGGUUUUAAUAAAAAAAUCUUUAAAAUUCAAAAAAUUCAAACUCAUUUAUUCAGU